AUGGCGCCCGCACCACCGCCGGUCCCCGUGCGGUUUCCUUGCUGGUGCCGAGCUGUUUAUUCUUGGGGAGGCGAAUCCAAACGAGACCUCGGCUUCAUCGAGGGCGAUCUGAUCGAGUGCCUCAACGCUGGUGAUGGCUCCUGGUGGGUGGGAAGACUCUACCGAGACCGGAGAUCCGUUGGUUCUUUCCCUUCCAACUUUGUCGAGGUUCUUCCUCCCGAAUUCCGACCUACAACCAAAUCCGUGAGCCCUCUGCCCGACAGCAACACACCCAGCCCGAAAACUGGACCGCAAAAGUCAAGAACUUUCAGGAAACCGUUCGAGGCGUAUGCCAAGGCCCCUCACUAUACCACGGCGAAGCAGCCUGAGGUCUUCAAGGAGGUGAUCAAGCCUCGCCAACGCGAAAAUUCAGGACAGUCUUUUGCAAACAGGUCGACGCCGCCAGAUGAUAUAUCUCGAGCGCCAUCUCCGGCACCCAGCCAGUUGCGGCAUCAUAACUCCAUCUCACACCAACCCGAGCCACCGUCGUCUCACCAUUACGGAUCCAGAGCUCCCUCUCCAGGACCUACUCUGACCCGGCAAUACGACCACCGAGCUGUUUCGCCAGCACCUACUCUGACUCGACAAUACGACCACAGAGCUCCAUCACCGGCGCCUCCGUUGAGUAGACAUCAUGACCCUAGAGCCGUGUCACCAGCACCGCCCUUGAGCCGACACUAUGAUCCUAGAGCUGUGUCGCCAGCACCUCCGUUAGCUCGACAUCACGAUCCUAGAGCACCAUCACCCGCACCUCCAUUAGCUCAAUAUCACGAUCCGAGAGCACCAUCACCAGGACCUACCUACGCUCACUACCAUGAUCCUAGGUCAACUUCUCCGGCACCCACUCUAUCCCGUCAUCACGACCCCAGGGCACCCUCGCCAGCACCUACUUUCAACCGAUAUCAUGAUCCAAGAGCUCCUUCGCCAGCCCCAACAUUUACAGGCCAUCAUUCUCGGGGACCCUCACCUGCCCCAUCCUUUCAUCGUCACUCUAGCUUUGUCGCUGAACCUUUACGCAGCGACUCUCCACCGCCUCCACCGCCUCCUCAUCGCCAUGUUACUCACAGUAACAACAAGAAAGAGACGACAGAGUUCCAAGACACUCCAUACGAUUUAUCACGCCAUGGUUCCAAUGGUUCAUACGCCCCCUAUAACCCUUAUGUCAUGAGCCGUCAAAAUUCUCAUGCCUCAUACCAUGAACCAGCAGCGCUUUCGCGGAAUAAUUCACAUGCAUCCUAUAGUCAGGAUCGUUAUAACUCUGAGAAUGCAGGCCACCAUACUCCACGAGCUGUAUCUCCCCGUCCGGAGACUUCCCAUUUGACACCAUCACCAUUGAGAGAGGCCAUGGAUGGUGUCAUGGAGCAGUUAGGUGAACUCCAAGGCUUUGGCCAUUCGGACGAUAUGGAAUCUAGUGGCCGGCCGUUAGAACCAUGGGGGCCGGAUUCGUUUGGCUCAGUACAGAGCCAAUCUCGAGGGAGAGCGCAGUCCGCCGCCAGGCCCUUGACCGCAAUGGGCUUGCCCGGCUCCGAUGAGGGAUACGAGACCUGGAGUGGCGGCUCGUCUAAAGAAGCCUCGUUCUCACAUGGCAAUAACGGCAAAUCAGGCCAGCCUCCCGAACUCAGCAAUUAUGUCGAAAGGAUGGAGAAGAGAUUCCGGGCUCUGCAUAAAAAUAACCCAAAGACACCUUCGGAAGCCCCUGAUGAUGACAUGCCACCACCUCCGCCACCAAAGGGUCAACCGUUUGAGCGUCCAAAGUCAUCUAUGGGUAGUUUCAGCAGCAGCUCAUCUGCUCCACGUCGCAAACUUCGGGCUCGGAAAUCAGCGUAUGAGAUUGGUCAAGGAAUUUCUAGGACUUUCACAACCAAGACAAAUUCGACUCAGGCAUCCUCGGGCAACCAGAGCAACACCAGUGCAUCGACUCAGAGCAGUGGUAGGACACUGUGGAGUGGGGCAUCGGCAAGUGGCUUCAGUUCAACGAGUGCUGGAAGCAUGGCUCGAAACCACCGUCGAUCUCAGAGCGCCUUUGGGACUAGAGAUUCCGAGGCUGAAAGGCCUGAUAGCCCUUUCACUGGCGUCACGUACCACAGCAGCCAUGCAACAAAUGCUCAAGCGACUGCGCGUCCAACUUCCCAAGCUAGUUUCCACAACGAGUCUGGCUUGGGCGGCCUUGUGCAACCCAAAGCACCAAAGCGCAACAUUUUCAAGAAGAUCUUUGAGUCGGCUCGAACAGGUGUUGCUACAAGCCGCGGGGGCCUUGCUGGGGGAACGCUGGGAGGAGAACGAGCUCGUGCUAAUACUCUGGGCCACUCCUUGCCUCUGGGCUCAUCACCAAUGACCGGCAUUGGGAACCCCCAUAUGGGCCGAGAGAAUGCCAGAGAGAUGGGGUUAGGAAGUGGAGUAGACUGGGUUCAGGUCCGACGAGAUGUCAAUCGAUCAAACUCGCUCAGCAAAAACGAAAGGAGUGAGCGCAAGGAACGUUGCCAGAUGCUCGAUCAUCCCACGUUGAAUCCCGUUGACGAGCUAUAUGAGGCCGUAGAGGGUGAUGAAGGAGCAGAUGGAUCUCCAGUCAUUGAUGGCAUCAACUACCAAUCCAUCAAUCUGAGCCAGGUCGACAAAAACUCAAAGUUCAUUGCCGGGCUCCCUCCUCUCACGACAUCAAUCACACUAGCCACGAUGUACGUCUGCAGACCUUACCGAAGUGACGUGCAGCGACUGCGAGCAAUCUUCACCUGGGUUGCUGAGAAGAUCUGCUGGGAAGAGGAUUUCGAAGGACACAUCGACACCCGCCAAGUCAUCCAGAGCAAGAAGGCCUGUGCCGAGGAGUACGCCGUCUUGGUUAUGGAAAUGUGCAAUGCGAUUGGGAUUCAUUGCGAAAUUGUGCGGGGAUAUCUCAAGACUCCUGGUGAUGUGGCCGACUUGAACAUGAUGCCAAGGCCUAACCACUGGUGGAAUGCCGUUGUCGUGGACAACGAGUGGCGUAUUAUCGACUGCUGCUUGGCAAGCCCCUCCAAUCCUCGGCGUGGCCAGUACUCGAACGCACCAAACGCGACAGCAGACCCUUUUUGGUUCCUUGCCCGGCCACUAGAAGCGUGCUGGACUCAUGUUCCCGACCACCAUGACCAGCAACACAUCGUUCCUCCUGUAGCGCAUGAGACUCUUCUCAACUUGCCCUGUACCACCCCGGCCUUCUUCCGGGAGGGUAUUGAGAUGGUGGACUAUAACACAUCCAUGAACAGAAUUGAGGAUCUGGAAAUGGUCCACAUCAAGUUUAACGUGCCUGCCGAUGUUGAAGUAGCCGCCGAAGUGGAAACGAGAGCAUUCUCAAGGGACUCGGACGGUGACGUAUUUGAAAGCGGCGACUCUGUCACCAAACGAGCAUUAGCUCAAGCAGAAUGGUUCAAUGGCGUUAAGAGAUACACAGUCAAAGCCUUGCUGCCAGGUGACGAAGGCCAAGGGAAGCUGAAGAUCUAUGCGGGUAAAAGAGGCCUCAUGCACAGCAUCAAGGACAUUCCUCAUCCUCUGGCUUUUACAUUGCCUAUCAUUCACACAGGGGAGAACCCGCCAUAUGACUUCGUCACCAGGCAUCCAACUCCCCACGCCCAGCGACAUGACAUUUAUGUGGUACAGCCACAAUGCCAAAAACUAGCCCUGAACAACACAUUCGUGUUUGCCAUUCGUCAACACCCCAGCUCGCUGUCUUCAGGGCCUCAGUCAUCGUUGACGCCUUCAUCGAAUCCCGGCGGAACAAGCCCUGUUCCAUUCCUGCGUCCUGGGUCUGCUAUGAGCAUGACUGCCUCGAUGAGUGGUACCGGCUCCAAUCCAAGCUCAGCUAGCGGAACUGUAGCAGGAAAGAAGCCAGCCAAGCUAGCCAUCCAAACUCCAGGAGGGAAGAUUCUCCGUCUUAUGCGGAAGGAGGAUCGAAAGGGAAUAAGUGUUGGCAGCAGGGUUCUUGGCAACGAUGAUGAUGUUAGCGAUGGCGGAACAUGGGAGACCAUCAUCAAAUGCUCGGAGAAGGGUACUUGGAGAGGUCUGGUGCUUGCUGAUCGCACGGCAAGAUGGUGUGUGUUUGCAGAGUGGCUGCUGUGGAUGAGGCCUGACCCCUUUGGGAACAUGGACUGGUGGAUCCUCUUCAACCUCGUUCUGUCCCGCGACUCGACACGCCAAGACACGAACCCUUUGCGCCUCACGCUCGUCGCCGCACUUCCUGCAACCGGCGACCACCAUGUGCUCUUGACCCAGGCGCCGCGGAAACUAGACAACCGCUCGCCGUAUCCUGGCCAGCCUCCACCUCAGCAACACCACCUCCAGCAGCAGCAGCAGCAGCAGCAGCACCAUCCAGCCAACUAUUCCCCGGCGCAGCAGUAUGCACCGCAGCCUUCUUACCAAGGCCACUCCCAGUUCCAGGCCCAGCAGCUCAUGUACCACCAACCUCAGCAGCUCCAAUCGCUCCCUCAGCAACAGCCGCAACCUCAGCCUCACCAGCGACAGCAGAACCCGUAUGCGCAGCCGCAAGUCUUCCAGAACCAGCAGCUCCCCUUCGACUUCAACAACGGCUACCAGCAGCCUCAGAUCCCAGGCGCGGAGAACCCAUGGGCAUACAAUAAUGUCGCCUCGUAUGGAAAUGGAAGCGUGGCGGACGGAGGCCUCGGUGGCAGCAUGCAGAUGCAGGUUGACGGCCAGUACAUGGCAUCCCCCAACGCGAAUGUCAUGUGGCAGCAAAAGCAACUCCAGCAACCGGAACAGAUGAGACACCAGAGUCUCCCGCAGGCCUCAUACACCGCUGGCGUUCAAUCUAUACCGGGGCCCCAAUCUCGCACCGUGUCGAUGCCGUCAGCUUCGCAGGUACGACCCCAAAGUCAGAUACUUCAGAUGGGCGGGAAGCGGCAUCAAAGUUUGCAAGAACACCAAUCACAAUCACAAGCACAGCCCCAGAUUGUCCGCCAUGCGUCUAUCCAGCACCAUGGACCUACACAGUCGCCGAUUUCGCCGCAAGCUUCAUCGAUGAUGCCCCAACAGCGCCAGCUGCAGCCGGGACUUGUUCCGACGCCUGGACAAUAUCGCCAGCAUCCUCAGCAAACCUACCAGGACCCGCGACAAGCGCAAACUCAACCGCAACAAGUCCCGGCUCCGCGGCGCGUUUCAGCGUCAUCGCCGUUGCAACCACAGCAUCGGCCGCGACCACAAGCCCAGCAACGUCCUGCGGCGCCGCAGCCAACCGCGCAACCAAUAGCUCAGCAGCCGCCACAACCUAUUUCGCAACCAUCGUCUCGACCCCAUCCGCAAGCGACUCCUGAGCCGCAAACUCCGGUCUCUGAACAUCAGUUCCAAACACCAGCCCAGCCUCAGAUGCAGUUUGUGAAUUUGCAGGAUAUACAAAAAACGCCCUUGACCCCGUCUACGAGCGCCAUCAACACCCAAGUGAGCUCUAAUUUCGCAAGCAGCCCGGUGUCGCAGCCUAUAUCAGUCUCAAGAAAGUCGUCUGGCGAGGUUCCCAGACCAUCACAGGGAAAGCCACCACCCCAGUCCAUGACCCCGCAAGGCAUUCGCAAAUCUGCAUCCCAGUCUCCAGCCAUGACGGCCAGCAGAUUAUCGAGCAAGUCGCCGGCGAUUUCAUCCAAGGCUGCACCCCACACGAUGACCCCAACUAUCAUAUGUGUAGCGGAAGAGUUGAUCACCAAAGCUCGCUCCAUGGCUCCAACAAUCGCCUCCUCUCUCAACUCGGCUGAUGUUGAGGAAUAUCAGAAACUUGUUGGCACCGGAUUGGCAUGUCUGGAGACGGCUCUUCAGAGUCCUAGCUUAUCACCACGACAUGAAGCACGACUUCGUCUUCGGUAUGCGGUCGUAUUACAGGAGGAGACUGAGAACCUGAUGGAGGCAGAGACAACAUUGAGCAAGGGUAUUACCCUGUGUGAUAAGCAUCGAAUGCUUGAUCUGAAAUAUUGUAUGCAACACUCUAUGAUGAAAGUCCUCUUCCAGCGGAAUCGGAAAGCAGCUCUGAAGGCCCUAGACCAGCAUAUCAAGGACUGUGAUGCAUAUCAACAUGUCCAUUGGUCAUACGCCUUCCGCCUACUCAAGGCCUCAUUUUAUAUGGAGGCAGGCAAUGCUGCAGAUGCCACCGCGCUAGACAAUCUCCGUGCCAUUCAAUCCUUUGCCCACCACAGGGGCGACGCCGCAUUCAGCGUGUUUGCGUCCUUGACAGAGGCUCUUGUACUAUUAAAAACAUCAAAGGGAAGCCCCGAAAUGAUCCAGAACUGUAUGGCUCAGGCAGCCAAGUAUCAGUUAGAUCCAAGUGUCCAGAUUCCUCAGCUUGAGCUGUUUUCACUGCUUGUGGGAUUUCUAACAAGUCUGCAUCGCCAAAAGCACGAAGACACCGUCGAGCGUCUUCGUGCCUUGCAGAAGAAGAUCGACAGUUGGCAAGAUCCAAGAUCGAAGGCCGAUUUCCGCUUACCUGUCAAAAAACACAUCCCUGCGUCGCAAACCAUAAGCAAAGACACGUCGGCUGUCAUCUGUCCGGGAGCAGAAGAUGCAGACUCAGAUCACUUAGUUGUAUCCUUCAUGUCUCAGAUGGAGUCUACACUCUUAGUGUUUGCGUUGGGUGGUUUGACGUAUCUUCAUAAACCCAGUUCUUCAGGGAAGAACCAAUCCCACGACCUUUGGCGGCAGGGACUUCGGGUUCUCUCUCACUGGGACACAUCGGGAACUACAGGCGGGCCACCCACCAUUCUCAGCCAAGCGGUCAAACAGAAGAUGUGGCGUACCGACAUGCAGUGCUUCCUUAAUAUACUCCUCGGUCUUCUUGCGGCUAGUCAGUGCAGGUGGGACGUUGCCAUGAAGCAUGCCGAAACAGCGGAGAGCCAUUGGCACAUAUCUACGAAGCAGGAGAUGCUGAAAGCUUAUCUGAUCUAUCUAAAAGGCGCCUGCCAUCAGGGCACCGGCUGCUUUGACGCCGCCCUCAGCUACUUUAGGGACGAUUCACUGGCCAUUGAGGCAGGCAACCCAGCACCAAAGGCGCCCCAGCGUCAUCUUGCACUACUGGCUGCAAUGAACCAACUGUGGAUCAUGCAACGACCAUCUCACCAAGACGACAGCGCAACGGUUGAGCUCAUCAAUGAGCUUGAUCCUCUGUGCAGACCACACCCAAAUAUCGAGAUUCGGGGCACAUGGCAGAGUGUCCUGGCGGCGGUGGUCACCAACCCACCCCGGCAGCGGAAUCAGCGCAAGGAGGAUGCAGGGCAAGCCCUCUCCAACAUCAAGGGCAACAUCCUCGCAACCACUAUCGGGCUCGUCAUCGCCCGUGACCUCUUGUACAACAAUCUCCUCGGCGAGCAGGCGUGGAAGUGCAUGCAGGCGGCCGCCACCUGGGCGGGCCGGAGCGGGAACCCCCUGUGGCAGAGCGUCGUCGACGGCAUCAUCGCCGAGUUCUCCGACGCCAGGAAUGAGAAGGAACAGUCGAGGAAGUUUUGGGAGAGGGGGGUUGAGGAAGCGAAAAAUGCAUUUGCUCGGAGUUCCUGA